CCGAGCGGCAUCCCCAUCCAUUCGCAAAGCUCCAACAGCAAUCAAGCUAGCGAGAAGCUACGACAAGAAGCCAGCAAGCGGCGAGAUCACUCGGAUCAAAGUGAUCCAUGGCGCCGAGGAGGUCGACUUCGCCGGCCGGGAGCAGCGGCAGCAGCGGGGGCAGCGGCGCGGAGCAGCAGCCGAGGCUGCGCGGCGUGCGGAAGCGGCCGUGGGGCCGGUACGCGGCGGAGAUCCGGGACCCCGUGCGCAAGGCGCGCGUGUGGCUCGGCACCUUCGACACGCCCGAGGAGGCGGCGCGCGCCUACGACGCCGCCGCGCGCAGGCUCCGCGGGCCCGGCGCCGCCACCAACUACCCCGCCCAGGGCGCAAAGGCACCGGCGGCGAGCGCGAGCGGGAGCAUCGGGUUGUCGGAGGACGCGUCGUCAUCCUGCUCCUCCCGGGACUCGCCGCGGGCGGUGACGGCGUCCGUCGCGGCGCCCCCGUCGCUGGACCUGAGCCUGGCGCUCCCGGCCAUGGCGACCACACCGUCGUCGCACCACAUGUUCAUGGACCCGGCCUCGACGAUGGUGGCCGUGGCGCCGGCGCUGCUGCAGUUCCUGCCGCCCAAGAGCGAGGAAGAGCAGAGCUUGUCAGGGUUGUCCUCGUGGUCGUCGUCGGUGGUGUUCGACGCGGCGCCGGCCGUGGGCCUGGGCCUGGACCUCAACCUGGCGCUGCCGGCCGGGAUGGUGAUGUAGAGACGGACAAAUCGUUUGGUCAAUUUAGCUCAUAGGCUCCUAGCUCACUCAACGAUAGGCUGCAGAGAUUUGUUUGUGCAUCUUCGCAGCCUUCGUUUCUUUACUUUCUUUGUACUGGCAGAUUUUGCGUCUCGCAAUGAUGCGCCACCGCAAGAACGAAGAAACUUUUUUCCCUUGCCAGACU